AUGUUGGCUCGAGCAGCACCUAUAGAAGAUGCUGUUGUUUACAAUGGCAGCCCCCGUUAUCCGGCUUGGUGCACCGUAGGGGAGAGGGUGACGGCAAAGCCUUCGCGUGGCCAUCCUUGUCACUGCGUCGCGUCCAGAAACAAAUUACUGCGAAUCACUCUGGCAACCUCCACCUUUUUGGUCUCAACUCAAUCGAUCGACUCGCAUGGCGUGCGUGCUUUUCCUACUAUCACGAUGUUUUGGCCAAAGUAA